GCAUUCAAUAGCCUAGCAAUAGGCCAGCAAUUAUCUAAGUUUUUCAAAAAUUUCCUGAACUUCUUUAAUAGUUAAAAAAGUGUGUAAAAAAAAAAAUCAAAGGGCGUCCCUGCUCAGUUAAUCCCCUGGUUUCCGGUGCAGUCAAUGCUGGCAGGGGGAGGUCUUCUUAUUUUUUUCUCAAAAAAGAGGACAAAGCGAUAACGACCAAAGUCUAGCAACCUUUGCCUUUACUGGGGGAGUCCUUGGUUCACUUUCUAGUGUGUGUGUUUGUGGGUGGUGGGGGGGUGGUGGGUAUGAUAAGAGAGCAGGAGAGCAACUGGAACUGGAACUGGAACUGCAACUGGAACUGCAACUGGAACUGCAACUGGAACUGCAACUGGAACUGGAACUGCAACUCUCUUUGGUGGGAAUCUUCACUGCACACUCGACUGAUGGGUCCGUCGGUUUGGCUUGGCUAUUCUUGGGACCUGGUGGACCAGAUCAAGACUCCGCGAAUUCAAUCGGGAAGACCUGGCUGUGGCAAUCCACAGCUCAACCAAGAUGCUGUCUCCUGCAGCAACGAAUGUCAACAAUGCAGUGAACGCAGUGCCUACUGCUGUGGUCUUGCAUGGGCCAGCGGACUUCAUGAAGGGGAUAAGGCCUUAACACCUAAUGGAUCAAAUACAAAAGGAUGUGGCAACAAUAUCGAUUCAAAGCUGCAGACCCAGUUGGUGCGUAAAGAAGGUCUUACCCAUCAACAGAGAUGCAAGGCGAAGGGGCAGACAUCCUCAGCAGACAAGUGGUGUUUCAGACAGGAAAGCAGGCGAUCGUACUUUCGCCUUUGGAAAGGGGAGAGUAAAGAGGCGUUGCGGCAGGCCAAUGUUCUUUCUGUCUUGCACGCAGUGCCCCCUCUGGAACGUCUGGUGGUAACACUCAUGCCAGUUCCUUUUCAGGGAGGCAAAGGACAGCAAGACUGGGUGUUCAAUGGCUUUGGAAAGGAGAGAGUAAAGCGAUGUCAAAGACAGGAAGACUUGGUGGAGAGUGCAGGCGGUGGCAAAUUGUCGAGGCUGCACUGGAUCUUGCAUGCCUAUAGCCGCUUGAAGACAGCAGAAAGGUAUGCCAUUGACUGGGAUUACCUUCCCCCCAGCAUUGAUCCUGUACGUGGAAGCGGGUUCAAGAGCUCAGCUGAAGAUCACGACAGAUGCGAGAACCAAAUUUGCAGCUGUCUCUGUUGUGCCAGAGAAGACAGUCAUGGAAAUGCUGAUAAAGCUGAGGUAUGCGGUCGACCUCGUUCUGCAGGCAAUCAUUGUGCAGAACCUGAGGGUAAUUGUGGGUUUGAAGGCAGCAACUGUCCUAUAUGUGGAAGCGGGUUCAAGCGCUCGGUGGAAGAUGACGACAUAUGCGAGCACCAACUUUGCAGCCGUCUUCGUUGCGAUGGAGAAGACAGUCAUGGAAAUGCUGAAAAAGCUGCGGCUUGCAGUCAUCCCCAUCCUGCAGGCAAUCAUUGUGCAGAAGCUGAGGGUAAUGGUGGUGGUUUUGAUGGCAGCAACUGUGAACAGCAGACACCCUGUGGUGUAUUAUGCAGUGAUGGUGACGAUGCUGAGGAGGUAGCAAAAUGCGCAGUAAGGCCAAGUGACAAAAUGGCCAGAGGCUUGAGGAAGCAAUGCCAAGUCCAGAGUAUUGCAGCAUUGCUCAACCUCCUGGACCUGCCAGCUGGCAGUGUUGUCGUGGAUUUCGGAAGUGGGUCUGGAGCGUUGGUCUUGCCACUAGCAGCAGUUUUCCCAGGCCUGCAGUUUGUUGCCGUGGACUUCAAGUAUCAGAGCAUCAAACUACUUCACCGAAGAGCAGAGGGGCCAUUCUAAUGAUCUUCUUUCCCUGUACCGUUCCAAUUUUAUUGUUGAAGCAGACUCUUACCCAAUAUGGACCUUGCAUCACUUUUUCUUCACCUUGUCCUUUUUUUUCUUUAGAUGGCCCAAUGGACCGCGUAUCAUACAUAUUACACUGACCAGAACAGAUAUUGCACUUUAUCUAUUUUUAACAAAAAGGCUGAGAGAGGUACACUUUUUUUUUAUUAUAACAAAAACAAAGCCCCUUCUAUUCU